GCAGAAAUCCGCUCCUCGGAUUCCGCGUCGCCGGUCGGUCAGUUUGAAUGAGUGGCGGCGGACGCGCUCCGACUGCGCUGCUGACUUUACUGCAGCCCGACCGACAACAGUUUCGUGAAGAAAACGAAGACUACCUGAAAAACUGAUACCAGUCUGUCUCCUCCCAUUAUGAGCUCACGACGGAUCAACAGACAGGGCAGCAUGCAAUACUGUCGACAUUUCUUAGCGGACAACAGUGCCUUCCACGUCGAGCGAUGCAUGAGCGUGAUGCAGUCUGGGACCCAAAUGGUCAAGCUGAAGAGCGGGUCCAAAGGUCUAGUGCGGCUCUUCUACCUGGACGAGCACCGAUCCUGCAUACGCUGGCGUCCCUCGCGGAAGAGCGAGAAAGCCAAAAUCACCAUCGAUUCGCUCUACAAAGUGACAGAGGGCCGCCAGUCUGACAUCUUCCAUCGGUACGCCGAGGGGAACUUUGACCCCGGUUGCUGCUUCACCAUUUACCAUGGCAACCACAUGGAGUCCCUGGACGUGGUGACUUCCAACCCUGAAGAGGCACGCACCUGGGUCACGGGGCUCCGGUACCUCAUGGCUGGCAUCAGCGACGAGGACUCGCUGGCUAGGCGGCAGCGCACCCACGACCAGUGGAUGAAGCAGACCUUCGAGGAGGCAGACAGGAAUGGAGAUGGUCUGCUGAAUAUUGAGGAGAUCUACCAAUUGCUACACAAGAUCAAUGUCAAUCUGCCCAGGAGAAAAGUCAAGCAGAUGUUUCAGGAGGCAGACACGGAUGACCAACAGGGCACCCUCACCUAUGAGGAGUUCAACGUCUUCUACAAGAUGAUGUCUCUGCGUCGGGAUCUGUACCUCUUGAUGAUGGCGUACAGUGACAAGAAGGAGUACCUAACAGCCGAGGAGCUGGGGAACUUCCUGCAGGUGGAGCAGAAGAUGACCAACAUCACCUUGGAGUAUUGCCUGGACAUCAUUGAUAAGUUUGAAGUUUCUGAUGACAACAAACAGAAAUUCUUCCUGGGUAUUGAAGGCUUUACCAACUUCAUGCGCAGUCCAACCUGCGACAUCUUCAACCCCCUGCACCACCAGGUGAACCAGGACAUGGACCAGCCGCUGUGUAAUUACUACGUGGCGUCGUCUCACAACACCUACCUGACUGGCGACCAGCUGUUGUCCCAUUCCAAGGCUGACAUGUACGCCUGGGUCCUUCAGAAUGGCUGCCGCUGCGUGGAAGUGGAUUGCUGGGACGGUCCAGACGGGGAUCCCAUGGUUCAGCAUGGCUACACCCUGACCUCCAAGAUCACGUUCAAGUCCGUCAUCGAGACCAUCAACAAGUAUGCCUUCAUCAACAACGAGUACCCCGUGAUUCUGUCCUUAGAGAAUCACUGUAGCAUCCAGCAACAGAAGAAGAUGGCCAGGUACCUGCAGGAGAUCCUGGGGGACAAGCUGGACCUUGGGCCAGUGAAUAUCAAGGAGAUGAAGCAGCUGCCUAGCCCCAACCUCCUGAAGGGAAAAAUCCUCAUUAAGGGCAAACGAUUGCCCCCGAACCUGUCCGCGGACGCAGAGGAGGGGGAGGUGUCCGACGACGAUAGCGCCGAUGAGAUCGAGGACGGCUUCAAGCUGAAGAGCAGUAGCAAUGGCCACAACCGGCACCAGGUGGAGUCCUUCAUCAGGAAGAAGCUGGACUCUCUGAUGAAGGAGUCCCAGAUCGGUGACAAGGAGGACACAGACAGCUUCUCCAUCCGAGCCCUCCUGCAGGCCACCCACAAAGGUCUCGACAGCAACUUCAAGCAGAAGGCCAAUCAGAAAGAAGGCGGGAAGAGGAGCCAGAGUCGAUCCUUCAUUAGCAACCUGAAGCAGAAGCGACACUCCAAAUCCCGGCUUAAGUGUCAGAGUGUGGACACAGAUGAAGAUGGACAGCAGGACGGCCCCAAUAAAGACACGGGGCAGUUCCACAGGAGGAGAAGGAAGACCAUGAAACUGACCAGAGAUCUCUCUACCUUGGUGGUGUUCACCAACUCCAUCAUUGCUCAGGAGAGCCUGGAAGAAAGCACCCCCAGUGACGUGCUGUCCUUCAGUGAGACGCAAGCCCAGCAUCUCGUCCACCAGCAGGCUGAGCGCUUUGUCCGCUUCAACCAGCAACAGCUGUCGCGUAUCUACCCCUCCGCAUACCGCAUUGACUCGAGCAACUUUAACCCGCAGACCUACUGGAACAUGGGCUGUCACCUGGUGGCUCUCAACUACCAGACAGAGGGCCGUAUGAUGCAGCUGAACCGGGCGAAGUUCCAGGUGAAUGGGGACAGCGGCUACGUCCUCAAGCCUCCCCCCAUGUGUAAAGGGUCUUUUAACCCCUUCAGCAGUGACCCUCUCCCAGCUUAUCCCAAAAAGCAGCUCGUUCUCAAGAUCAUCAGUGGGCAGCAGUUACCCAAACCACCAGACUCCAUGCUCGGGGACCGGGGAGAGAUCAUUGAUCCGUUUGUUGAGGUGGAAAUCAUAGGGCUGCCUAUCGACUGCUGCAAGGAGCAGACCAGGGUGGUGGACGACAACGGUUUUAACCCCGUCUGGGAGGAGACACUGUCCUUCACGCUGCACAUGGCUGAACUGACCCUGGUCCGCUUCCUCGUGUGGGACCACGAUCCGAUCGGGAGAGACUUUGUGGGCCAGAGGACGGUGGCCUUCAGCAGCCUGAUGCCAGGUUACCGGCACGUCUAUCUGGAGGGUCUAACCGAAGCCUCGAUCUUCAUCCAUGUCGCCAUCCAUGACAUCUUCGGGAAGUGGAGUCCCUUAAUCCUCAAUCCCAGCUAUACCAUCCUGCAUUUUCUGGGAGCUAACAAGGGCCGACAGUUGCGGGGAAUCAAGGGUCUGUUUAGCCGGUCCUCCAGGAGCUGUGUGGACACUCCCCUGGUGGGCCCCCCCCUGUGCAAGCGCUCUAUCAGCCAGCAGCUGCUGCGGCGCACAGCGAGUGCCCCCGCCAAAGGCCGUAGGAAGACCAAGCGGCCACCAGCACCGCCGACCGAGGGCGAGGAUGGGGAGGGUGGGGCCCCACCCCCCUCGUGUCCGCUUCUACCCCGCCCCGCCUCUAUGCCCCUGGAUAAGCUGCUCCAGGACACCCUGACCCUGUCCUCCCCCAGGCAGGACGCCCACGAGGCAGGAUCCAACCCUCCGGCAGAAACGACCUCUGUCCUGAGGCCUCGCUCCUCCUCCUUGAACCUCCUUCUGGAGACCCCAUCUUCUUAUAUGGCCCGACCCAAAAGCCCUCCGCAUGUAGGAGGGGAAGUCAACCCAGCUGUCAGAGGUCCCCACAUGGACAGACUCUACGACCUCUCUCUGGGUGGCGAGCAGGACCGCCUGACUGAUACCGCAGAACCUACUCAGCACAGAAUUGGCCAGAACCAACCCAACACUGGGCAGACAGUGGAGGAGGAUCAUUUACGGGGAGAGACCGUGUGUGGUCAGGAAGGCGUGACAACCGAAACGCUGGAGUCCAGUGCUGGGCCUGUGAACCGGGUCAAUCUGCUGAGUGACUCGUCCUUGCAGGACAGCACAUUAUCACGCCUUAUAGAUGCUGUGUCCCUGGGCAACGACACCUGUGGGUCCAUAUCGGCGCUUAUCGGGCAGUUUGAUGUCACUGCAGAGCUGAGCAGUGUGGCCCUGCGGUCUAGCGACCAUGAUGCCUCCCAGACGCCGUGCCGAACCUCGGCCUGCGACUCCUGCCAAUCCAGUGGCCCGUCGAAUGCAGUGCUCUUCUCCAGCCCGGAGACCACCGACCUCACCAUCUACACGAUACUCAACGAGGAGGUGCUGUCGCCCAUCUCUGAGUUUAGCCCUGGGGAGAACACGGUCCGGAGCCUCCAGAUGGGGUCUGAGGAGAGCACUCCUGUGGCCAGCCCAGCCCCCUCACCCGUAAAGCCUCUUCUUACCCACAAGCCCCUCUUCUCGAGGAAGCAGGCCCCCUACAGCAGAGCCCCGGAGGUCCCAUGCGGGCAAAACCCCUGUUUUCGUCCCAUUGCUGUGCGGGAGGAGGUGACUUGGGGAAGUCAUGGUGGAUCGUUCCACAGCGCUGCCUCGGACCGCUUCCUGCUCUGCCAGGACUCAGCUGGCAGCAGCUUGAUGGAGAUCGAGAUCAACGUUGACGAGGAUCCGCUGGACGUCACGCUGACCCCCUCCAGCCUCACCCAUCAGUUAGCUGGGCCUCGCCCCCCCUCAACUUGCGGACCUUUGAACCACAGCCCCCUUCAUCAUAUCCCAGGCAACUUUCCCCUCUCCAGUACCAGGACUGACCCCCACCGUAGCCCCAGUAGCUGGAUCCAUGGGCCAACGCCUUGGCGGCCCAGUCAUCAGUCCAGGUGUGGGCAUCAGAUGGGUGACAAGCAUCUACCUGCCCAGGGGACCAUUGGGCACCACAGCGGGCACGCCUCCUCUGGCUCCCGGCCAUUUCCUCUAAGAAUCAAUUCUACCAUGGACCAGGCGGCUAGCAGGUCAUCCAGUGACUGGCCACCAGGCUCCAGGAUGGAAAAUGGCCACUUCCUGCAACAGGGCCACCCAGCUAUCGGUACCGUCGUCACGUCCCUGUCCCCGAGCCCUGGCCCCUGCAAGUCCAAGAGCCUGGGCGACCUCACGUCUGAGGACAUCUCCUGCAACUUCGAGAGCAAGUACAAGUUCAUCAACCGCAGCUUCAUGGCGGCCAGAGCUCAGAGCGGCAGGCAGGCGUCUGGCCCGGCCAGAUGUCCAGCGCCAGCUGACCCUCUUACAGAGCAGCUGCGCCGACUGGUGUCGCUGGACCAGGACGAGCACUCCCAAAACCCAGAUUUGCUCACCGCCUCCCCCUUGCACCCCCUCUCCCGCAAGCUGUCGUCUCGCAGCCAAAGCCGGGUCCGGCACAUUGCCAGUCGCGCCCGCGAACGCCAGCAAGAAGCACUGAAGCCUCGGCCCACCAGCGCCUCCUACAGCACGACUGGGGUAGUGCUCCGCAGCAAGCCUGCCAACCACAACCCCCCCGCUUGCCGCCACUCCACCGGCUCAUACAUCGCUGGGUACCUGGAGCACUCUGAGGGCCGGGGGCUUCCGGAAGGUUCCUGCACCAAGUCCUUCUACGCCAAUGGAGACCAGCGCUGCCAUGGUGACGCCAGCAUCCCUGUGGACUGGUGUCAGCCAUCAGAACCUGAGGUCUACUUCCUGCUUAGACUGUAGAUGUACUUCCUGUUCUACCCUGAAGCACGAACGAGGAGUCCCCUGUGUUCUGUUGACUGAGGUCUGAAGUCUUCCCGUGUCUCUGUGCUGCACUGUAUGUACAAAUGAAUCUUGUAAUAAUUAAAUUAUGGAUAAUAGAUUAUAAAAUAUGUGUGUAGGAACCUGCAUGAGAUGGUGGGUGGAACCAGCAUGACUGCGCUCCAUCCCAUGGCUGUGUUGCUGGGCACAAGGCCUCCUGCUGGCUUAACACCCUGUGGAGUGAGAGCGUGGCGUGUCUUCCCCCUCCUGAAUUUAACGUGGUUCACGUGUGUUUUGUUUCAAUCUGUAUUUUUAUAAUUGCUUUGAUAUCACAGAUGAUGCAGCUUUUUUUGGGGGGGGGUGUGUGCAUGAAUUUGGAGCGAGGAAGGUUUUCUUUUCUGUGAGUAAAACUCUGUACAGGCCUCAGAAAUGGCUCUUCUGAACUCCCGACUGAUGCAA